ACGACCGGAUCCUGAGGUACCGCUAUUUUUACAUAUCCUACAAUAAUAAUCUUCGUAUUGACCCGCGGUACUCAGUACAUCGAUGUUGUUUUUAUGUUUUGUUUUCGUAAAAUAAUAUAUAAAGAUUUGUUUGCAAAAAUCGGAAUUAAAGUUAAUAAUAUGAGUACUUUAGUACCCAGUCUUAAUUUGAUUAGCGGUCAUGGUGCUCUGCCUAUGCCGAUAUUGGGUUACGGAACUUGGCAGGCUUCAGAUGACAUUCUCUCCAAUGCCAUCGAUAAAGCCUUAACCGCCGGUUACCGACACAUCGAUACAGCACAUGCAUAUGAAAACGAAAAAGUCAUUGGAGACGUUAUAAAGAAAUGGAUAGAUUCGGGAAAGUUAAAAAGAGAAGACAUUUUUCUCACUACCAAACUACCUCCAGGAGGUAACAGACCAGAGGGCGUCUCUAAAUACUUGAAGAGAUCAUUGGAGUUACUCCAAAUGGAUUAUGUGGAUCUUUACUUGGUGCACACUCCAUUCGCUUUCAAGGAUAUCGAAGGCCAAUUGCACCCGUUCACUGCUGAUGGAAGAAUCGAUAUGGACGUUAAUACUGAUCACAUUGCUAUUUGGAAGGCCAUGGAAGAACAAGUUGACAAAGGUCUUACAAAAUCCAUCGGAAUAUCAAAUUUUAACAAAUCACAAAUAUCGAGAAUAUUAAACAAUGCGAGAAUCAAGCCGUGCUCUUUACAAAUCGAAUUGCACGCUUACAACCAACAAAACGAUUUGGUCCAAUUUUGCAACAAGAAUAAUAUUGUCGUGACUGCUUACUCACCUUUGGGAAACCCUGGAUUGAGCAGUUUCUUAACCAAAUUUGGUCAAACAGUUAAUCUUCCAAAUGUAAUGCUAAACCCAACAGUGCAAGAUUUGGCGAAAAAAUACAAUAAAACCGCAGCUCAAAUUUUACUUAAGCACACUGUUCAGAGGGGCAUUUGCGCCAUCCCGAAAUCCACAAAUCCUGAAAGAUUGAAGCAGAAUAUUGAUAUUUUUAAUUUCACCCUGGACGAUCAGGAUAUGGCUGCAAUGAAUAAAUUGGAUCAAGGUGUCCGGUUGCUGGAUUUUUCGUUGUUCAAUGGGAUUAAAGAACAUCCAGAAUAUCCAUUCCCAGAGCUUAAAUAGAUGCACAUAUAGCUCUAAAAAAUAUUUUAUAAGCAAGAUGUAACAAUAUAUAUUUUUUAACUGAUAAAUGGUAAAACAGGAAUUAUUUAAAAUAACAUUGGAAAGAAAUAAUUUUAUUAAUUAUUGUUAAACAGUCUUUUGAGACAAAAAUAAAAACAAAGUACAA